UCGUGGCUAUAGAUUUCAUAGCAAUCUCUAGCUACCAUAGAUAGAUUUUGUUUUCCAAAAUUAGCAAAAAAAAAAAAUUCCUUUUUUUGUCAGUGAUGAUGUUAGGAAACCCUAACCCUAAGACUAGGUACAGCGCUAGCUUCAUGUUUCGAGUUCUUUCUUCUCUUUGGGCAGUCGUCGAUCGGAUCGGGGCAAUGUCGAGCUCGUCGUCGUCGCCGUGCGCGGCGUGCAAGUUGCUGCGGCGGAAGUGCACGCCGGGGUGCAUCUUCGCGCCGUACUUCCCGCCGGAGCAGCCGGAGAAGUUCGCGAGCGUGCACCGCGUGUUCGGCGCCAGCAACGUCGGGAAGCUGCUGAAGGAGAUCGUCCCCGAGCGGCGGGAGGAGGCGGUGGCCUCGCUGGCGUACGAGGCGGCGGCGCGCCUCCAGGACCCCGUCCACGGCUGCGUCGGCUACAUCUGCCUCCUCCAGCGCCACCUCGGCGAGAUCCAGCGCAGCCUCGCCGAAGCCAGGAAGGAGCUCGCCGUCAUCCUCGGCCCAGCCGCCGCCUUCGCGCCGUCGCCCUUCCUCCCUCACCACCACCUCCACCACCACCACCACUACCACCUCCAGCACCGCCCCCUCCCGCCCGCCGUCGUGCCGUUUGCCGAGAUGCCGCCGAACGCCAACGCCGCCGCCGGUGGCUUCGUGCAGCAUCAUCACCACCCGUUCGACGAUCGCACGAUGGCCGGAGGCGAAGCCGGGCCGCCGCAGCUGGUUGCUUUCCCCGGUCCCGACCAGAUCGAGUUCCCCUAUGGAAUUGAACAAUUGAGAGUCAGGGAGGGUGUUAAUUAGUCCAAUAAUUAUAUAUAAUUAAUUAAUUAAUUCCCUGUUGUAA